GGCCGCCCAGCUGAGCCAUGUGGACCCGCACUCUCACCCUGCUCUCCGUCCUCCUGCUGGCUGCUCAGGGGCUCCUGACAGAGGCCCAAAGUGGAGAACAGGAUGAAGUGAAUUUGGAGGCAGAGCAGGAUGGGUGGGUUCCUCUGGAGAAGCCCGUGAUAGUGUCCACAAGCCCGCCAACCCAGGUCAUUGUCACUGGCAGCUUUGUCAGCAGAGACCAGGCCAAAUGCAAUGUGACCGUGACCAGGCAGGAGAAAGGAGUCCAUCUCCAGGUUGAUUGUGUUCGACUGGACCAUGAGUUCUCCUGUGUCUUUGGAGGUGACCCUAGUGAGUGCCUACUCUAUUUGAGCAGUGACAAGGUCUACUGGAGACAAAUUGGCUGGCACCUGCGCCGCUUGAACCACAUCUGUGAGGACUCCAAGGCCAUCCUGGAGACCAGGGUGUGUGGUACCAAGUAUCCAGAAUCCAGUCUCACGCUGCUGAGCUCCACUCUGGCUUCCAAGACGUCUGUGCAGGGAGCCCACCCCCACGGUGUCAGUCAAGGGGAAGCAGCCAUCCCAGACAGAGCCAUCCAAAGGCAAAUAGCACGUCUUCUCCUAAGAGGCAACCAAGAGUAACAGGCCCACCAUCACCAGUCAAGUUAAAACAACACAACCACUCCCACAGAGCAGGUCAAGAUUGAAACAACCAGACAACACACAGCUGGAUCGGGAGACCACCAUACUCAGACAAAAGGGCCGUCAGUGACCACCACCAGCCAAGCCCAGACACAAGCCUCCAGCACCACUAAACUCACCUUUGUGAGUACAACAGUCAUCAAAUCCAAGACUGCAUCCCAGAAGACAAGUCAGCACGAGGGCCAGCAGGAACAGCAGCACCAGACACAGCCAGCCCAGCAGGAGGACGAGCACUGGUCCCAGCAGAAGUUCCAGUAGAUGACCCGGGAGUGACGGGCCUCCCGCAGCUUGUGCUGCAGCGUCGCCCUCGGCCCCAGUCUUCCUCCUGGGG